GUUAACACCGUCGCUUCCAAUCGCGUACAUAAUCAGUAGACCUUGCCCCUCACCAAGACCUCGUAUCACCACAUGCACCCACUGGCAGGAAAUACCACGGACAACAACACACCCACACAGGCACCACCCCCGAGAUCAACAUGACUUCCACGGCACAAAAGACCCUCUUCCUCGUCGGGCCGGGCCUGAUCGGCGGCUCACUCCUGGUGAAGCUCAAGGAGGCGAGGCCAGACCUGAAGCUCCACGCCCUCACGCGCCGGGACGACCAGGCCGCCGAGCUCAAGGAGCAAGGGAUCGAGCCGGUGCGGGGCUCGCUCGAGGACGAAGACACCAUCAAGGAGUGGGCGGCCAAGAGCGACAUCAUCAUCCACACGGCGUCCGCCGACGACGACAAGGGCGCCUUCGCCAUCGUCGAGGGCCUCAAGGCGCGGCCAAAGGGCUCCAAGCGCGCCAUCUACAUCCAGACCAGCGGCAACGACGAGCUGGUCAACUCGGCCGCGGGCCUCGGUGCCAAGUCGGUCGGGGACAAGACCCUGUCCGACCUGCACCUGACGGACGAGGAGAUCGACGCGCGCAUCAGGCCGGACGCGUACCACCGCCACGUGGACGGGCACCUGCGGAAGGAGAUCCUCAACCCCGAGGCGGAGAGGGAGCACAACGUCGUCGCGAGCCUGAUGAUGCCGCCCCUGAUCUACGGCAUCGGCUCCAGCCCCUGGAACCGGAUCUCGAUCCAGACCCCGAUGCUGACGUCGUUCAUGAUGAAGAACGGGCUGGUCGCGCUGCCGGAGGGGUUUCAGGGCGCGUGGAACUGCGUGUGGGUGCACGACCUCGUGGACCAGUACGUCGUGCUCCUGCAGCACCUCGAGAAGCUUGAGCCGGGGCAGCAGAAGACGCACUACGUCUUCCCUGCCGAGAGGAAGCCGUUCUCGUGGAAGGAGCACUUCGAUGCUGUCGCGGGGGAGCUGAGGAGGCUGGACCACCCGGCUGCAAGGGCCAACGGCGGCAAGCCCAGGGAGCUGAAGACGAAGGAGGAGUUCAUCGAGUUCGUUGGUGGCAAGGACAACCCCUACAGCGAGUGCUUUGGCUACAUUGUGUGGGGCACUGAGAACAGCUACACCAGCCCUGACCUCACUGCGAGCCUCGGGUUCAACCACAAAGCUAAGGGUGUAGUGGACAGCAUUGUCAACGGCAAGGAGCUGGAGAAGUUCAUCAAGGAGCAGACCAAAUGAGCAGCACUGCAGGCAAGCCUUGGUAUUCAACUUCGAAAGGAGCUGGACCGUGUUGUGUGCACUGCUGACUUGGCACUGGCUUACCUGUGGGCCUGAACAUUGGACGCCGGCUUAAGCAGUCGAGAAAAGGAAUUUCACGUAAAACCAAGGUCAAGAAAAGAUGAUUCUGUGGACCUGGCCGACUGAAUAAAUCCAAUAUCUGAUGAAGUCGUGGUGCGCCCAGCCUCCGGAACAAAAGUUGAUAUGCAUCUGAUUGUUGAAAUGAGCUUUGCAAGAUUGAUUUUGUAAGCUUGAUUUAAGUGAGGUAAAAACAAUUGUCAUUAUGAAUUGCCAUGCAAA